AUGCCCGCUCCGGCCUCCACCGUUGCUCUCGGCGUGAGCCUCAUCCUCACCCUCAGCCUCGCCCUCGGCGCCGCCACGCCCGCCUGCACCUACCGCGGCCAGCUCCACGUGACUCAGAUGUGCACCACGCUCCCGCUGCUCAAGAUCGAUACCUUUGGCGUCCCUCUCUCGCCGACCUGGCCCAAUCCAAAGGUGGCUGCCUCUGUGAGCCUCGCCGGCGUGGCAGAGUCUGGCGUCGUCGACUUUCACCAUCCGGGCUCGGCCUACGACGGUUCCGGGAGCAUCAAGGUCCGCGGGCAGACGUCGCGGGCCAAUCCCAAGAAGUCGUACACCCUCGACAUCGGCAAGUCGACCGAGCUCCUGGGCAUGCCCAAGUCCAAGAAGUGGGUGCUCUACGCACCGUGGGGCGACAAGUCCCUCCUGCGCAACGUGCUGUCCUACGCCGCCACCGCUGCGCAAGGGCCAUGGGCGCCGCGGACCCGCCUCGUCGAGCUCUUCCUCAACACCACAAACUCGUACUCGUACGAGGGCGUUUAUGUCCUCACAGAGAAGAUCCGCGUGGCUGCAGAUCGUGUAGACAUUACCAAGCUCACGCCGGACGACAACUCGCUGCCGGCCGUCUCGGGCGGCUACAUCGUGAAGAAAGACAAGCUCCAUGACGGUGAGGUGGCACCCUUCACCAUCCACCUCCCGUCGUCCAUCGAGCUCUACCCGGCUGCGCCCAAGGGCGAGGACCUGACCCCUGCUCAGAAGAGCUACAUUGCCGAUUACAUGACCGCUUGGGAGUCGGCAUUCAACACCUCGCUUGCUGUCCGCGCGGCACGGGUCUCCACCUUUGCCAACCUCACCUCGUUUGCCGACUACUUUCUCUCCACAGAGCUCUUCCACAACCAAGACGGAUUCCGGCACUCGGUUUACAUGUACAAGGACCGAUCGGGCCUCCUGCAUGCCGGCCCACAGUGGGAUCUCGACGUGACGUAUGCCAACGUCUUCAACGACGGCUCCGCGGCCGGAUGGCAGUACAAGGCCUGGCCAGACGUUCCCUUCUGGUGGGCUGCUCUGCUGGAGACUCACGACUUUGCCGAGCUCGUCAAGGAUCGCUGGUCCGCGCUUCGGCGCGGGCCGUGGUCCGAUGGUGCUCUGGACCUCCUUGCUGCUGCCGUUGCCAAGCCGCUCGGCCUUGCCCCACAUGCCACCGCCAACGCCACCGAGCGCAACUUUGCCGUCUGGCCCAUUCUCAACCUCUGGAAGUGGCCCGAGCUCAAGUCGCCGCUCUACUCCUUCUGGCAGCCGUACUACGAUGUCGGCGUCCGCGAUUGGCUCCACGCCCGGCUAGCCUGGAUGGAUCGCGCGGUCGCCGACCUUUUUCUUUGGAUUUCGGUCACCAGUUACUUUCUCAUGCUGCGGCUGUUUACCUCUACUGCCAGCGCGGGCCUUGGGCUUCGCAUGGCCACUGCCGUGGGUGCUAUGGCGCCUGCCCGCCUUGCCCACGUUCUGUACUCCAAGGACCAUGAGUGGAUCCGCGUCGAGGACGAGACAGCCACCGUCGGUAUCACCGACUUUGCCCAGGACGCACUCGGCGAGAUCGUGUACGUCGAGCUGCCCGACGUGGGCGACGAGUUUGACGAGGGCGAGACCUUUGCUGUCGUUGACUCGACCAAGGCCGCCUCGGACGUCUAUGCGCCCAUCACAGGCUCGGUCGUCUCCGUCAACGAGACCCUCGAGGAGGACCCGGGCCUCGUCAACUCGGCUGCCGAGUCGGACGGCUGGAUGGUUCAGCUUGCCAUCGCCAAGCCCGACGAGCUGGAGAGCCUCAUGGACGCCGACGCCUACGCCGCCUUCUGCGCAGAGUCCAAGUAA